GCACUUCCGGUGCAGAGUUCAGAAAACAGAGAUGGCGACCACAUGCCUCUUCGAGUAGUUGUGAAGCAGUAGUGAGUGAAGUAUCAAACAGAAUUUCAGCCUUACAAAAGCUCAGAGAAUGAAAGACACUCCGUUGUCAAACUGUGAGCGGGAUUUCUUGCUCAAAGCGAUCGAGGAAAAAAAGCGCCUCGAUGGACGGCAAACCUACGACUAUAGAAAGAUCAAAAUCACAUUUGGGACUGACUAUGGCUGCUGCUUUGUGGAUCUGGGGAAAACCAGGGUCAUGGCCCAGGUCUCAUGUGAGCUGGUUGCUCCUAAGGAGAAUCGACCAAAUGAGGGGGUCAUGUUCUUUAACAUAGAGCUGUCUCCAAUGGCCUCUCCUGCAUUUGAACAGGGCAGACAGUCUGAGUUGUCAGUGAAACUAAACAGACAGCUGGAGAGAUGCUUUAGGAACUCCAAGUGCAUAGAUACAGAGUCCCUGUGUGUGGUGUCUGGGGAAAAGGUGUGGCAGAUUCGAGUAGAUGUUCACAUGUUGAAUCAUGAUGGGAACCUGAUGGAUGCUGCCAGCGUAGCCGCCAUCACUGCUCUGUGCCACUUCCGACGCCCUGAUGUUGGCAUCCAGGGAGAUGAAGUCACAGUGUACAGUCCAGAGGAGAGGGACCCUAUUCCUUUGAGUGUUUACCACAUGCCCAUUAGUGUCAGUUUCUCCUUCUUCCAGCAAGGAACGUAUCUACUGGUGGACCCAUGUGAGCGCGAGGAGCGGGUGAUGGAUGGCUUGCUGAUGAUUGCCAUGAACAAACAUAGAGAAAUAUGUUCUAUCCAGUCCAGUGGUGGCAUUAUGCUGCUUAAAGAACAGGUCAUGAGAUGCAGUAAAAUAGCAAGUGUCAAAGUAUCUGAGAUCACAGCGCUCAUCAGCAAAGCCCUGGAGAAUGACAAGAAGGCUAGGAAGGAAGGUGGCAAGUUUGGUUUUGCAGAGUCUAUGCCUCAAGAGCGAAUCACAGCUCUAAAAAAGGACGAGACUUCAGUAGAGAUGUCGGAUGUGUCGGAAAAAGCCGAUGAGAUCAUCCAAAAAGCAGAGGUCCCACAUCAAACGGUUCCAUCUCCAGUGGUCCCUGUUGCAGGUGUGGGCCAGAUAGGAGAAGACCUGCAACAUACAUGGGGCCUAGAUGAUGAAGAUGACGAUGAGGAGGAGGAACAUAAAGAAGACAGUGAUGAAGAACAGGAUGAGAAAAACAUGGACGUGGAACACGAAAAAGAGAUCAGAGGGUGUGUGGUUGAAAUCUCUGAUAGCGAAGAGGAGGAGGUGAUCAUACUCCAAGCAGAAAAACCAGGCAAAACCCCUAUAAAAACAGGAUCUGAUUCCCACCAGAAGGGGGCAGCAGCAGCAUCAAGAAAAAGACCAAAUAAAUGACAGCUCCCUUUGAACCCCCUCAUGACCCGGACUGUACAAAGAGUGUCUUGGUUUUAACUGAUUGAUUUCUGUUGUAGCAGAGAGUUGUGAUCACAUAAAACUCACAAAAGUUUGUAAUAUUACAGAAAACCAAUUUGUUAAACAAAAACUUUAUUUAAUUUUUUUAUUAAAGAUAACAGAUGUAAGAAGAACUAGGUAAAGUAAAAAAAAUAUAAAGAAAAAAUAAAUACUUAAUUAAAUACAUUAGGCAAUAGGAAUUAUGGGAUGUAUGUGUUUAUCUCCACUUUUUUUCUUUUUGUUUAAAUACAUUUCAACCUUUAUUUUGGUUAUCUGUGCUUCUGUUCUUAUUAGGUAGGUGGUCCUAAACCCAGCCUGUAGCAGGACUGUAGACUGUGGUUCUAUUUAGGUCUCUCCAAUGUGUAGCCCGAGACAUAGAUAGACUGGUCUUUUCAGAUUCGGGAAGUAUUUUUAGGUCCACCCCUGUUGGUCAACCAUGCUACAGAGUGACGAGUAAACAUUUG